CUAAAUCAAAGCAGACUGAAAAAUUGAAAUAAUAACAUUGCUAGCUGCCUAGCCUCUAGAUCUUACUUCAUCUCUACCUCUCAAUUGCAAGACAGUUGAUCUAAUCAAGGUCUACUAGAAUGGCUCUAUUUGGUGUGAUUCCCUGGAGCCUGUUUGUAGACGCUUGUCGACUGCUGAGUGUGUGUUUGUUCCUGAUCACCUCUCUCUCCCUCAACUGGUACUCCUUCCUUUCCAUCAUAGCACUGCUAAUAUCUCUGUACAUCCUGGAUCGCAACUCUUACAACACUGCGUCUGAGAAGCCACUGCAGUUUCCCGGGAAAAACCCGUACAAGGGGAAGAAGCGUGUCAAGGACGAAGAGAAGAUUUCACCAGAAACAAAGGAAAAAUUUGUUGAGCAGAUUUUGGACCUGGUUUUGUAUGAUGUUGAAAACUGUGCCGCUCUGAGAAAUUUCGAUAUUAUCCAACAAAACACUCACUGUACAUUUGCCAAGAGGGCCAUGCUCUGGGGAUCACGUGACUACGACACGUCUAUGUCUCUUGAGCAGAAUGUUAUGAGAUCACUGCCUGCCUUGACCAAGCUCUUGAUAGUGGGGGAUAGUCUGCACCUGGACGGUUUUCUAAUCGAGUUACCUGGAUCUCAAUUUGGAGCAACUGUCGAGGAGUUUGGACAAGGAGUACGACGUGUCCUCAAGUGUAUAUCUGAUCAUGAUCCCAUCAGCUUCCAUUGUAUGAACAAGUCGUACCUCGGCAAAGUGGGCUGGUCCUUUGAGUAUGGUGGUGUUCCCAUCUUUGUGACCACCUUUGCUCCUUGCUACCCUGAGAACCACAGCAGGUAUGCCUUUGGCUCUGAGAACUCGUACAUACUACUACAGCCAAUGUACUCGUUUGCCAUCCACGAUAUCGGUGAUGACACGCCCCUCACCAACUGGGACGAGCCGAAGACUGUACGAGACAAAAUACGAUGUGCCUACAAAGAGAACAAUCGUGGCUACUAUAUCAGAGAUACGGUCGUGUAUCCAGCCGCACACGACGUCGUGAAGCCACUCAAGGAGGGCCCAGGUCAUGUGAUCGAGUGGUGGAUGGAUCCCAGUGUGGAGGAGGGGCAUGGGGAGGAGUCAGGACAAUCAGACAGCGACAGUGAGGACAGUGAAAGUGUGUUUGAUGAAACUGAACCAAUAGCUAUAGACAAAAAGACAGAUUAGCUUAUAAAUGGAAUAAACAUUAAUUUGUAGUAUAUAUUUUUUUACUGUUUUUUAUGCCUUGAGGCGUAGUCACAUGAGGUAUACGUCCAUUGUCAACCAUUGCAAA